CACUUGGUUGUUCGUGAAGGUUUCCUUUAUCUCUAGUUUCUUUCUAUGUAUAUUAGAAAAGUUUGUGUUGUAGAAGGAAAUUUUGGGGGGUGAAUUAUGACAGAAGAGCGCGAACAGGGGAAAAGAGAGAAAGAGGGAGAGGCGAGGGCAGUCUGAAGAGUCCGGUGCAGGCCUAGCAUCGAGGGUACGAUGGUAUUGAAGAGGCCUUCGCCGGUGUCAAUCGCCAUCUCCGUCAUCCUGCUCCUUGGUGUCCUCUUCGCCGGCUUUCAGUGGCUGGACCAGCCCAUUUAUGCAGGCAAGUGGUACUUCUUUCGAAACCCGUCUGGCCUGACCCAUUCAAGCGACGAUUUGCUAGCACCUCCAGAAGCAGCGGAGGACUUUCGGGAUGUUUGCGCCAACACGACUACUACACCGGAGGUCCGGCAAUUCCCGCCCGGUCCCUCCUGCCCGGACUAUUUGAGGUGGAUCCAUGAAGACCUCCGGCCCUGGAACCGGAGCGGUAUCACCCGAGAGAUGGUGGAGUCCGGAGAGAAGCUCGCCGACUUCCGGCUGGUCAUCGUCGGUGGAAAGGCGUACGUGGAGACGUACCGGAGAUCUUUCCAGACGAGGGACUUGUUCACCAUCUGGGGCAUCCUUCAGCUCCUCAGUUGGUACCCUGGCCGCAUUCCAGAUCUUGAUCUCAUGUUCAACUGCGGUGAUGUCCCAAUGGUCCUUGCCGCGGACUACCAGCCAAAUGAAGGGCUCAUGCCACCCCCCGUGUUUCACUACUGUGCUGAUGACGCCUCACAAGACAUUGUCUUCCCCGAUUGGUCCUUUUGGGGCUGGGCAGAGGUGAACAUAAAGCCAUGGGAGCCGCUGGUGAAGGAGCUGAGAGCAGGCAACAGAAGGAGGAAAUGGAAGGAGCGGGAGAGAAGUGCUUAUUGGAGGGGGAACCCAUACGUGUCUGGAACCCGGGAGGACCUUCUCAAGUGUAACCUUUCCGAGUCCCAUGACUGGAACGCGCGACUUUAUAUCCAGAAUUGGGACGAAGAAACUCAACAAGGAUUCAAGCAAUCAAACCUAGCAGAUCAAUGCACUCACAGAUACAAGAUUUACGUGGAAGGGGUUGCAUGGUCGGUGAGCAGAAAAUACAUACUGGCAUGCGACUCCCCAACUCUGUCGGUGAAGGAUCGAUACUACGACUUCUUCUCCAGGUCCCUCCAGCCGGGCCAACACUUUUGGCCCAUAAGCGCUGAUAACAAAUGCCCCUCCAUCAAGUUUGCUGUUGACUGGGGGAACAGCCAUCCGCAAAAGGCUCAAGAGAUUGGGAAGGCAGGAAGCAGCUUCAUUCUGAAUGAUCUGCGGAUGGAGAAUGUAUAUGACUACAUGUUUCACGCUCUAACUGAAUAUGCAAAGCUGUUGAGGUACAAGCCCACCAUACCCUCGGCGGCAAAGCCCGUCUGUUCGGAAUCCAUGGCUUCCACUGAGAGCGGGCGGGUGAAGGAGUUCAUGAUAGAAUCGAAGGUAGAAGGACCACGAAACGCAGGGCCUUGUGCUCUUCCUCCUCCCGAUCCCGCUGCAAUCGAGUCACUGAUGAGAAGGAAGAAGGAAUCCGUGGAACAAGUAGAACGAUGGGAGCGAGAAGCUAGGGACUGACGGAACAAAGGAACAUAUCCCUUGUGCUGUUUGAUGUGUCCCAACUUGGGCCCCUAAUUUAACAGUGCUGGUUAUGUACGCACCCGGGUUUUGUUGACUAAAAUGUCUUCAUUAAAGUAAGGAAAGAAAGACGUUUGAAAAAAUAGUUUGAAAAAGCAAUUUUUUUA